AAAAUUGCAUUGGGCAGUAUUACUUGUAUGAAGUGGAAAAAUGUAAGUUUUCCAAGAGCUUGCUCCUAUUUCUUUGUCUCGCGCCUCGCCGUCAUCGACCGGAGAAAUAGUCAACUCAGUUCAAAAUAAAAGGAUCCGCAUCUUUGACUGAGCGACGGACGAUGCCUCUGUUUCAUAUAGGUAAUUUUUUUUCUUUUUGUUUGUUUAUUAGCCACCAAAAGGUUUCAAUACAGAAUAAAAUUACAUCAAAUGGAAUGAGAGAUAGCACAAAAGAAAACAGUAAAAUUACAAGCGGCAAGUUAUAACUAGAUAUAACUAUAGACUGUCUAUAUACACUUUAGGAUGGCUGCCGGAAAUCGCCGUUUGGCAUGUCAUCAGCAGCAUCGAUAGUCUUUUUUCUAUUUUCCAUUACAGUUCUAACGUAUAGGUAUAUGCACGCAGCUUCCCAAUUGUCUUUUGAGCUGAGGAGGAUAUCAAGAAAAUUUGAGGUGGUAAACAAAUCGCCGAUCUUGGAUUCCAGUUGUGAGCGCUCCGGAGAGUAGAAAGAACAAGUGUAGAGCGCGUGCUCGAGUUGUCGGAGGCCGAAGGACAGUGAGGGCAGGUAUCAGUUUUCGAGGUUUUCAGUCGCUGUAGAUAAUGAUUAAAGCAUCCGUGUCCAAGCUCGUGUUAAAUUGCCAAGAAACGUACUUACUUUGCAGAUCCGACUUUUGCGAGACGGGCUCAUGGAAAGUUCCAUUUGAUAACUCAUUUUAUGGGUAGGUUCACGCAGGAGAUCGUAAGAAACAUUGCAAUUGUCAAAUAAUAUUGGAAUUCAGGUAACUUGCGCCAAAUUUCUCGAUACUUCGUGCUUUGUCUUUUGUGUCCUUUUUCGGUACCUUAUUUGAAUAGACAGGAGAACGUUCAAGUUUGAGCUAUGUCGGCUUGGCCUGAGUUUUUCGGUGAUCCAGUUCGGGAUUCGGAUUUGGGCCAUCGUGGAAUGCCUCAAAUACAUUACUUCAACGCUGAUGGAUCUAAACGUCACACCAGCGGUUAUCUGCACCACGGGGAACUACUGCAGCGUCUUCGGCAUCCUCCUCAUGCAUAUUUUUGUCAGCUUCCUCAUCAUACUCAUGCUUCCGUUUAGGUUACGGGUGACAGGGACGAUCCUGAAUGAGACGGAGCUGCUGUUGACAAAGUACUACAAGAACCAGAGCUGCGGUUACGACAUCCCGUGGCCGACGCUCAUCCUCUUCUCCUUCGUUGCCAUGUCCUACCUUUCCUCCAUUUACUACCUUCAUUAUAACAAGAAUCGCGUCCUCUUUUGGCUCUUCUCUUACGUAAAAGUCAGCUCCAAUGUCCUCAUCAAUGUUGUUGUCAUCCUCAGCGUCGUUGCUGAGAAGUCCUACGAGAUGAUCAACCAGCACCUUCGCGAUCUCGCCUCUCAGAAGCCUGAGAUUGGGCAGCGUUCUCAGUCACUGGAGGAACUGAUGGUUCUACACUGGUUCGUGACAGACUAUGUGGAGCAUAUAUCUCACUGCUUCGGAGUUGAGCUGUGCAUUAUUAUGAUGGAGAUCUACGCGCAGCUCAUCAUCCGUAUGUUCGUCACCUCCUACGUCCUCUUCCUUCACGGACUCUUCCCUCUCUCCCUCGAUCAUCAACUCGUUGGUGUCUUCGACCUACUCUCGGUCACCUCCAAUCUCAGCUACCUUUGCUACAGAUGUGAUCGUGUUGUAUAUAAGGGCUCUCAAAGUCAAUUGUUCCUACAGGAUAUCUGUAUCCAGAAUAAUCUAGACAAACACUCAAAAGAAGUGAUUCACCUUUUUAUGAUGCGUUUGAACUGUCGGAAAAUUGUGGUUGACGGGUACGGCUUCUUUACCAUCAAUUUGGCUCAGCUGGUGAAGAUCAUUGGAGUAGUGCUAACAUACUUCGUAGUCCUGGUGCAGUUUCAAACGGAUAAUAAUGCUAGUGAGCAUGAAAUAAAAGUAAACAAAACUGAUGCAAAUUCUUGCGAAUGGCCGUGCGUGCAAUUUUAAGGACCAAACUGUCAUUGAUUCAAUUUCACAUUGGCAGUUAUUAUUCAUAUGUCUACACUUGUCUGAUAAAAAAAAAUUAUCUUUUCAAUUCGUCCCCUCAUUAUCCCAAUGUUAAUCAUUUUCUGAGCGCUAUCCAGGCUAUGAAUGUCUUUAAAGUCCUCAUUUUUGUUUUUAAUUCUUAUGACAACAGAGAAACAAAACAAACAAAAAAUUGUUCAGUCCUAUUCCAGCACGCAGCGGCGACAAGCACGAACGAUUACAGUAAGAGCAUUGUGGCGGACAAGUCAGUGAGUCUUCAAAAUCUAGCUAAGGAAAAUAGAAAGGCUGCAAGGACUUUUCAUACACAAAUGUCGCACUUGUUGCGUCACCCGUUUAGGUGAUAGGACAAAAUGUCCAAAAAUAAAUGUCCAGAGUAAAAGAUUGGCCAAUGUAAAAAAAAGUCCAUGAGCAAAACAUGUCCAAGUGUCUGAAAUGUCCAGUAGCAGCGAUAAAAUGGCCCAAAUAAAAAAUGCCCACAAGUCCGGUGUUACUAGAAGUCAUAAUUAUUAUUGCCAUUUACCUGUUCUUAUAAAUUCUUCAUACCUCCUCAUCACUUUCGUCUUGCGGCUCAUUGCUAACUCGAACAAUAGGCUAUCCCCCUAAAAUAUUGUAAAAUAUCGUCUUUAUCUCUUUAUCUUUUAAUGUUUAAUACCACUGAACGCGCCCGAGGAUUCUAUCCUGAUUUGUUUUCAUUAGGUACUUCUAUGAAAGUUGCUUAGUGCGUGUAAAACCGAAGUCCGGUUGUAGGCAUAAUAAAAUUGCUCUGUAUCUAGUUGUAUGUAGUUUAACCAUACCUAGAAUAGGUUAGGAAAACUCUGUAUCACUCUUCUUUAUUAUCUCCAUGGAUAUAUCUGUAGAAAGCUUCCAAGUUCAUUAUUUUGCUACUUUGUAAAAUUACGUCACAUUUGGGCAUUUUUGUUUUUGGCUAUGCUACUGCUACUGAACAUUCCAGAUAUUAGGACAUGUUUUAGAUGUGGACUUUUUUAACUUUGGGCAUUUUUAUACUUCGGACUUUUAUUUUGGGACAUUUUUUCCUAUUAUCCUCGUUUAUACAGGAGACUAUUCUCGAGAAAAGCACUGUACUUUAGCCAGCCGAUUGAGUAUUUUGUUCAUACUGUUUUAUAAGCAUACCUAUGAGCGAUCUGAAUCAAAAAAUUAGUGAACUUGGUGCGAUAACAUAUAGCAUAUUGUUUUGAAGCAAAUGAAAAGCUCAGAUCAAUCCAUACUCACCAUUUUUUUUAGUUUCGGUAAAAAAUGCAAAUAUGUGAAGAAAAAGGACCGCUCCUGCAAGGGCUCUUAAUAUACAUACAAGUUAUGACUGUUGCAUCACUCAUUAAUGGAGGGGCCUAUAUUCGAUUUACAGUGAAGCAUAAUUUUUCAUUUCCUUUUAGAAGUAACAUGACAAUUUUGUUCACUAAGUUUAAGACUUUGGCCCGAUUCUUUACCCAUUUAAAUCUAAAAGUUUUUUGGGGGUUUCUGCACUUUCAAUCAGGUGGUUUUGGAAUGAUGCAAAGAAAAUAAACAUUUGGCUAGAGACUGAGAAACUUAAAAUAAUAUUUUCAAUGAGCAGAGCUGUGACUCCUUGAUUUGAUUCGGUAACUUAAGAUUGAAACGAGGUGAUUGAGUGUGCGAUCAAUAAAAGUUAAUGUUCUAGUUGGUUUAAACUUCUCUCACCAAAAUAGGGUACAUAGUGUUAAUAGAACUCGUGGAUUAGCAUUUAAUUGUCAUGGUGUAGGCAACUGAGAAUGAGCUUCUUUCGCCGCAUAAAUUAUUCCGCGCUCUUAAAGUUUCAGUAUCAAUUCUGCAAUUUUUACAGCUUUUGACUCAACUGUUGGACAUACUUACAUUCAGCCACAAAAAGUUGAGACUUAAUAAAAGUGAGAGCAUUAACUGGAAAGUGCAUUCAAAUGUCAUAGUGGUAAACUACACCACUGGAUAGUGCUGCCCUCUGAUGGGCAUCCACCGCAUUAUAUCUGCCCCUCUUUUCUCUCUCUAUAACUCUUGUUGUAUUCCUCAAUAAACUCGUCAUGUAUCUACGUUA